AUGUCGGAAAAGACUGUUGAAAAAGUGGAUUCUGAGAAAAGCAAAGGGCUGGAAAAUGAAAACGACGCGGAUGGGAAUUCAGAUAGCACGGCGGAGGUUGCAGCCACGCCCACCGAAGAAGGUCCUGCCACUUUCGAUAAGGCUAUCCAGGGCGCUGGCUUUGGGAUCUUCAAUCUGAUGCUGCUCAUCGUCUCCAUUCCCGCCCAGAGUGCCGCCAUCUUUGAGUCCAGCUCCAUGUCCUACAUCCUGCCGGUUGCCGAGUGCGAUCUUCGCCUGACUCUGGAGGACAAGGGGGCACUGAAUGCGGUGGCCUAUGCGGGCAUGACCAUAUCGGCUAUAGCCUGGGGCUAUCUGGCAGAUACCAAGGGUCGCAAAAAGAUCCUCUACUGGGGUUAUCUCAUAGAUGCGGUGUGCGUUUUCGGCAGUGCUUUGAGUCAGAACUUCACAAUGCUGGUGGUUUUUAAGUUCCUGGGAGGAUUGGUGGUAAACGGGCCCGCUGCUGUGCUGUUUACUUAUCUGACUGAAAUGCAUGGACCAAAACACCGAUCCUCUGUUCUGAUGAUCGUUGGUAUGGUCACAUCUACCGCCACAGUUUCACUGCCCCUUCUGGCCUGGGGUAUUUUCCCUCGAGAAUGGGACUUUGAGUUUUGGGGAUUGCAAAUUCAUAGUUGGCAAAUUUACCUGUUCGUUCUGGGCAUUCCAAGUUUGGUCAGUGGUGUGAUUUUCUGCUUCAUGCCAGAGAGUCCUCGAUUUUUGAUGGCCCAAGGAAGAAACGAGGAAGCGCUGCAGGCCCUCAAGCAGAUCUACCAUAUCAACAGCCGAAAGCCCAGGGAUACCUAUCCAAUUAAGGCCCUUAUUCAGGAGGUGCCUAAUCGAAGGGCCGUCAAUGACGAGGUUAUCUACACCAUCGAGGAGAAGUCCGGAAAGGUUCCCAUAAAGCGACCAUCGCGCACGUUGGCGGAGAGCCUUCGAGCUGGACUGCAGCAGAUGAAGCCGCUGGCCAGGAAGCCCCUGCUGGGACUGUCCAUCUGCUGUUACGUGAUGCAGUUCGGCAUCUUCCUGGGCAUGAACACCAUCCGGCUGUGGCUGCCACAGCUCUUCGCCUCCAUGGCGGAGUUCGAGGACCUCCAUGAGGGCGAUGGUGUGGAUGCCAGCAUGUGCACCAUCCUCGAGUUCAGCGUGAAUCGCACGGCGGAGACUGCCCUCAAUUACGCCGAAGCCUGUUCCGUGCCCAAGGUAAUAUCUAUGGACAUGUACCUGAAUAACAUAAUUGUGUCGGCCACUGGAUUUGUGGGUUACUUCUUUGCCGGAGGAAUUGUCCGUGCCCUGGGUCCCAAGCGUAUGAUGACUUAUGGACUCUUUCUGUCGGGAACCUUUGGCAUCAUGCUUUACUUCUCUGUGAGCAGUCUUAUGACACUUAUUGUGGCAGCAACCUUUUUGACAAUUACUGGAAUUGCUGUCUCUUCACUGCUGGGAGCUGUGGUGGCCCUUUUUCCCACCCAGUUAAGAACCGUUGUGGUGGCCAUUGCCAUGAUGUGCGGACGAUUUGGAGCCCUGUCUGGCAACUUACUCUUCCCCGUGUUUGUUCAGAUUGGUUGCUUGCCUCCCUUUAUAAUGGUCUCCUCAGUGCUGAUAUUAUCGGGCGUGCUUUCAAUAUUUAUGCCCAAUCCUGCAAAGGCGACGUUUUCUUAGAUUGACUUUGGACUUCCGUUUUCGUAAACCUCAAUUAAAGGUUUCCAGUCUAAGAAUGAAUUUUAAAUGACUUUGGUUUCAUCCAAGCCAGUUACCCACUAAUUUAAACCAAAUCUUGCGACAUUAGCUUAGCUUUUGUUUAGUUGUACAAAUUAGAGAUAACGAAUUAUCUGGAGAUAGACGCUGAACAACUAUUUAUAUUUACCUUAAGUAAUCUUAUUAAAUAUAUCUUUAUGGCCGUA